UACUCUGUACUAUCAAAUGCAUUCUCGCGCUUCGCCAAAUUGAUACCACCGUACUCCCCUCGCCGGCGAACUCCUCCACCCGCACCGUUGAUCUCUUUCUCCCGUGAAUUCUCGCGUCUAAGAAUGUGGAAGUUGAAGGUUGGUGAAGGAGAUAAUCCAUGGCUUCGGUCGUUGAACAAUCACGUAGGACGGCAGGUCUGGGAGUUUGAUUCGAACAUCGGGUCUGAGGAAGACCUAGCUGAGAUCGAGAAGUUUCGCGAAGAGUUUCGCAACAAUCGUUUUGAGACAAAACACAGUUCUGAUCUUCUUAUGCGUUAUCAGUUUUCAAAGGAGAACCCCUCGGGUACAAUUUUGCCCCAAGUCCAAGUUAUAGACAUUGGAGAUGUAACCGAAGAUAAUGUAGCCACCACAUUGAAAAGGGCUCUCAGUUUUUAUUCUACUCUACAAGCUCAUGAUGGUCACUGGGCAGGAGAUUAUGGAGGGCCAAUGUUUCUAAUGCCUGGCCUGGUUAUUGCAUUAUCUGUUACUGGGGCACUGAGUGCAGUGUUAUCCGAAGAGCAUAAACGAGAGAUAUGUCGUUAUCUUUACAAUCAUCAGAACAGUGAUGGUGGGUGGGGUUUGCAUGUUGAAAGCCCCAGUACCAUGUUUGGUUCUGUUUUGAGUUAUGUUACUCUGAGGUUGCUCGGUGAAGGAACUAAUGGCGGAGAAGGGGCAAUGGAGAAGGGACGCAAAUGGAUUUUGGACCAUGGUAGUGCCACUGCAAUAACCUCGUGGGGGAAAAUGUGGCUCUCAGUGCUUGGCAUAUUUGAGUGGUCUGGGAACAAUCCACUUCCUCCAGAAAUAUGGCUUCUUCCCUAUAUCCUUCCAUUUCAUCCAGGAAGGAUGUGGUGCCACUGCCGGAUGGUUUAUCUGCCAAUGUCAUACUUAUAUGGUAAAAGAUUUGUUGGACCAAUCACACCAACAGUUUCAUCUGUGAGAAAUGAGCUCUUCACAGUCCCUUAUCACGAAAUAAACUGGAAUAAAGCACGCAAUGAAUGUGCAAAGGAAGACCUCUACUACCCUCAUCCUCUAGUUCAGGACAUCCUCUGGGCCUCUCUUGACAAGCUUGUGGAGCCGAUUUUUAUGCAUUGGCCUGGGAAAAAAUUGAGAGAAGCGCUCCGCACUGUAAUGGACCACAUACAUUAUGAAGAUGAAAAUACUCGCUACAUAUGCAUAGGGCCCGUGAACAAGGUCUUAAAUAUGCUUUGUUGCUGGGCGGAAGAUCCUAAUUCGGAAGCUUUCAAAUUACAUAUUCCACGAUUAUAUGAUUAUCUAUGGAUUGCUGAAGAUGGCAUGAAAAUGCAGGGAUAUAAUGGAAGUCAAUCAUGGGAUACUUCUUUUGCUAUUCAAGCAAUCAUUUCGACAAACCUUGGUGAAGACUAUGGUCCAACUUUGAGAAAAGCACACACGUACAUGAAAGACACGCAGGUGUUAGAGGAUUGCCCAGGCAAUCUUGAUUUCUGGUAUCGUCAUAUUUCAAAAGGAGCUUGGCCUUUCUCUACUGCAGAUCAUGGUUGGCCUAUUUCAGAUUGUACAGCGGAGGGGCUUAAAGUAUGUCUUCAACUCUCCAAACUUCCCAUGGAGAUUGUUGGUGAACCAUUGGAGGCAAAGCGUUUGUACGAUGCUGUAAAUGUUAUGCUAUCAUUACUGAAUCCUGAUGGUGGCAUUGCGACGUAUGAACUGUCAAGGUCAUAUCCAUGGUUGGAGAUAGUCAACCCUGCUGAGACUUUCGGUGAUAUUGUUAUUGAUUAUCCUUAUGUAGAGUGUACCUCAGCUGUAAUUCAAGCUUUAGCAGCAUUUAAGAAAUUAUACCCCGGGUAUCGGAAAGAAGAAGUGGACCAUUGUAUAAGAAAAGGUGCCUCAUACAUUGAAAAGAUUCAAGCAGCAGAUGGCUCCUGGUACGGAUCUUGGGGAGUUUGCUUUACGUACGGCACAUGGUUUGGGGUGAAGGGCCUGCUGGCUGCUUGGAGGAGCUUCAACAAUUCUUCUAGCAUCCGCAAGGCCUGUGAUUUUCUGUUGUCCAAACAAGUAUUGUCUGGUGGCUGGGGAGAGAGUUAUCUGUCUUGUCAGAAUAAGGUGUAUACAAAUCUUGAGGGCAACAGAUCUCACAUUGUUAAUACAGCAUGGGCUAUGCUGGCUCUUAUUGAAGCUGGACAGGGCAAGAGAGAUCCGGCCCCAUUACACCGUGCAGCGAAAGUAUUGAUAAAUUCUCAGCUUGAAAAUGGAGAUUUUCCUCAGCAGGAGAUAAUCGGGGUCUUCAACAAGAAUUGCAUGAUUUCAUAUUCGGCAUAUAGGAACAGCUUCCCAAUUUGGGCUCUAGGAGAAUACCAAUCUCAGGUUUGAGCCACUAUUGAUGGAUUUCUUACGCAUGAAGUUCUGAAAUUCCCUGAAGGUCUGUGGUUUAAGAAGUAACACGCCAAAAGGAUUAGUGACGAGUUUAGAAAUCUGACCAGUGCUUGGCCUGAUUUUUAAAAGUUUCAUCACUUGAAAAUAGUCAUUUGUAUAAUGGCUUAAUUCUAGUUUGGUAUAGUUUUCUAGUACAAAAAUGUAAUAAUUUGUUUCAUUACUAGUGAAAUACAGUUGCGUACAUUCAAGUAGCUUGAUAGCUAUUGUUCAGGAGUAUGAAUUUCAAUCUAUGAAUGUUGUCAUUUAGCAAUAUGAUAUAAGUUUAUUGAAUCCUUCGAAAUG